CUACAAUCUGAACAAUAAAGAAUCAUAAAAACUCUACGCAACUUUUGUUAUGAAGAACGACUAUAAGAAAAUUCAGAAAUUACAGAAGAUUCGUUGACUUGUAUCGUCUUCUUCGCCGCCAUUUUGUUUGUCUUUGUAAACCGCUGGCCAAGUACCCGCGGCUUCAGCUAUACCGAAGAAAUAUAAAAAUAAAGUAACGAAUAAAUAAAUAAACAAACAAAAUCAUUGUGUGCCAUGCGUUGCAAAGAUUGGUUAGAUAUUCAAAAUAGAUUUUAGUUCAGAAUGCUUCACCUUUCUGUUGAGAUUUUUAUUAUAUUAGAUCUCUUGACAUAUUUUUAAAAUUGAUAAUUCUGUUCCAAGCUGUUUCAAGUUUUAGAGAAAAGAAUGAAAGCGUUUCUACUGUUUGGAUAAGGUUGAUAGCGAUAAAAGUCAAGCGGAAUUUUCCCUUAAUAUAAAUAAAAGAAUUUUUUAACAUAUGAGUUGAGUUGGAAGCUUUAUCCAAGCUCUUAGGUUGCAAAUCAAUUAUUGUGUGGUGCUUUAUUGUCAUUUCAAGUAAUGCUUCGAAAAUAAUAAAAACACCCGCUAACACCACAGGUAGCCACUUAAUCAAUGAGCGCACACCAUAUUGAAACCCAUUACGCAUGCUCAGUUUGUUGUUAUGGGAAAUCGACCGGUUGCCGAAUAUUUCGUUUCGAGUUUAUUGUUAUUGUUUCAAAACUUUUCUUGUGAAAGAAAAUAAUCCAUAGCCGAGAUUAACUGUUUUUUCUCAGAUAUGAGCGAGCUAAGACGGAGAAAACUAAAAUCUUCGUCGCAUUUGAAGGAGAAACCGAAAAAUGGCGUUGGAAAUUCAUCAAUUCCUGUGGGAGUGGAAAGCCGUACCCCCUGGCUUCAACUUGUUACUGUACUUGUUGGGUUUUCAGUUGCUUGUUAUGUGGGGUACAAAUAUGCUUUGUACGUGAAGGAACUUCAUGAGAACGAUAUGUGGUUUUCGAAUAUAGGGCAAGUUGAAAGAGAGAUAUCCUUUCGCACCGAGUCAGGGUUGUAUUUUUCCUACUAUAAGCAACUUGUACUGGCUCCUUCUAUCACCAAGGGACUUUAUGAUCUUUCUCAUGACAAUACCACUGAGCACCUUCGCACAAUCAAUAUCCUUGAGCGAUUUAAUAUUUACCAAGAAGUCAUUCUUGCAGUGCUGUACAGAACCAUUCCUGGCAUCCAGGAGUCCGUGGAAUAUGUGUACUUCUACAUAAACAGUGUGUUUGCUCUGCAUGCUCUGUACAUCGUUGCCCUCUACUGUACUGCUUGGAUCUUGAGUGGCUCGUGGCUGGCUGGACUCCUAGCUACAUGCUUCUACAUUUUUAACAAGGAUGAUACAACUCGCAUCGUCUACACCAUCCCCCUCAGGGAGAGCUUUGGCUUUCCAUUCCUAUUCACUCAGAUGGCGUUUAUUACUUACUUCCUGAAAAGAGAUAUUGGCAGGUUAGCUCAGGUCGCAUGCGUGUUGGGUAUAGCCCUGAACAGUUUCUUCUUCACUCUCGUCUGGCAGUUUGCCCAGUUUAUCCUACUUCUCCAAUGUUUUGCUUUUUUCGGCGUCUACUCCUUGGGUUUUACCCCCAAACACAAGGUUAAGAUUCUUUACGUCGUGGUGAUCGGCUCGCUGUUGCUUGUCUGUGCCAUGAUGUUUGGCAAUGAUAUGAUGCUUUGUUCCCUCGCCCUCUCGUUCUCUAUCGCUGCGCUAGUAAUCAUGGGAGUUCAAAAGGAGCCUUAUGCGCCCAACCCUACCCUUCUCAUCAGACUUGUCAAACUGGUUCUUAACAUUGUGUUGGUUUUGUUCCUCAUGUUUGCACUCACUGCUUUAAUCAAGACCAUUUUGAACGUUGAGUCAGACGAACAUAUCUUCAAGUUUGUGAAGGCCAAGCUUGGCUACGAUAUUGGAAGGGAUUUCGACUCACUGCUCUAUCUAUGUGAGCCCGCAUUCCAAAUGCUUCCGAGGGAAACGUAUCAACGUCUGACCAGCGGUAUCGUGUUUCCGUGCUACGUUGUAUCUGUGGUCACGUGCCUCGCGCUACUGGCUUACACUGUCAUCAGGAACUGGAGGUAUGACGCAGCAAGUGCUGCCAGUCUUUAUUUUGGCGAUAAAAUUCACAUAAUGACGUUGUUUCUCAGCAGCGAACCAUCAGAUGACAAUUUUCCUUCGGUCACCAUCCCUUCGCCGACAGUCCUGAAUACAGCCACCACCACUCCCCCGACAGUCCUAAACGAACAACCGGAACUCGUGUACUGCACAAUACAGACCGUGCUAUAUGGAGCGAUGGCCGUGACCACCCUAAGAUUCAAGUUCCUUUGGACCCCGCACAUGUGUGUAUUUGGCGCGGGUACCCUUUGUCAUCAAGGAUUCUGGCGUUUCGUUUUAGAGAGGGCUGGUAUCAACAAACCAAGCGUGUGUAAAGUCCUCGGCCAUAUUGUUCCUGCUUUUCUGAUAGCAGUGGUUCUAAGCGUGCGCUUAAAACCUGCUUUGGAAGAGCUGAAAGAGCUGAGAGAGUUCCAUGACCCUGAUACUGUAGAACUUAUGAACUGGAUAAAGACGUCGACUCCGCCGGGUUCGUCGUUUACCGGAAGUAUGCAGCUGCUAGCUGGAGUGAAGCUCUGCACAGACCGACACGUCACCAACCACCCGCAUUACGAGAACAAAUUCCUACGCAUGCGCACUAAACAGGUCUAUCAAGUCUAUGCACGUCGUACACCACAGGAAGUCCACGAAAUAUUGAUUACCCACGGCGCCAAUUACGUCAUUUUGGAAAACAGUAUCUGCUAUUCGCGCAUGCGUAGAGGGUGUAAGCUCAGCGAUAUCCUAGACAUGGAUAACGGUCACGUGAUCGAGGGCGGCCAACCAAGGGAGGGGUCACGUGAUCCGAGUGUGCCUCGUUUCUGUGAUGCGAUCAAGCGUGACGACUCUGCUUUCCGGCGUUAUUUUAGACUUGUUUUUGAGAACCGGACUUUUUACAUGUAUAAAGUAUUAUGAACAUAUUUUUCCUAAGAAAUUAAAUUUAAUAAGCAAAUAAUAUGAAAACCUGUAUAAUGUAAAAUCUGCUUUUUUUCUCUUGUGUCAAUUCUUCUUUAGAAAAAUUACAGAAAAUUGACUGGC